AUGCGUUUGGAAAGAGAGGAUGACACCGCCGUUGAGGGAGCUUCGUCUAAACAGGCAACAGAGCCCGUUCAGGGCAAUGAGCGAGCUGAAUGCCACGGACUUGUGACCGACAUUGAACAUGUGCCCCCAGGCUAUUUCAUCUUGGGCCGAGCGACAGUCCUUUGGCUCGCCCUCGUCUACACGCUGGGUCUGGCAGUCGGCCCGGGCCUGAUGGGGCGGAUCACCGAUAUUUUCGGUCGCCGGUGGUUCAUGGUUCGCGCGAAGCUCCUGGGCUUGGAAUGGGGCGGCACCCUGUACCCGUGGCGUGAUGGACACGUCAUUGGCACCAUGGUCGCAGGAUGA